UAGCAGGUGAUCUGUAAAUCUGGUGGCACCUCCUGUGUGCUUCCUGUGAAAAAGAUCUCUGCUGGUUAUUUGAACACUGGCAGAGACUUGUUGAACACUCAGCUAGACAGAUAUAGCAGCAGCUGGAGAAACAGUAUCCUAAACGGGCACCACAGUAUUCAGACUUUUAGACUUCUCUGCUGUACCAUUGCUCUUCAAGAUCUUUCUGGAUAAAAAGACCAACAGGACAAAAUGGAGAUUACACUUGAAAAUGACAAAAACAGCUCCUCAAACUUUGAGUACAAGGGUGCUCACCAGGCAUUCAGGGACCGCUGGAAAGGGACAGAUGACACCAUGUGUCGCCACAGCAUGUCCUUUCACCUACACCACACACUGAGGAGUGAGUUCUUUGCCAGCUACCUGUACCUGCUAGAGAAGGUUCCACUGGUAAAGCUGUUCCCAGUCACCUGUGAGUACAUCAAAGGAGAGAAACAGUUCUACUACAGAGCUCAGAAGUUCUACGAGGAUGUUCCUGCCUCAGAGGAGGGCAUGAUGGGAGAUUUCGUAGAAAUAUCCAAUGUUGAUCUGGAAGGUUCCCUUCAGUUUUUGAAGAGGUUCGUGGGGCCCGGUAGUGCGGGCACACAGUGUGCUCUGGAUUGUGGCUGUGGGAUCGGGCGGGUAGCCAAAGGUGUGCUCCUUCCCGUGUUUGAGAAACUGGAGAUGGCAGACAUGAUGGAGCACUUCCUGCUCCAUGCACAUGAGGAGUACCUGGGUGACGAUGCUGACCGUAUUGAGACCUACUACUGCUACAAUCUGCAAGAAUUCACCCCUCCACAAAACAAGUAUGAUGUCAUAUGGAUGCAGUGGGUGGCAUGCCACCUAACAGACAAGGACCUGAUGAACUUCUUGUUUCGCUGCAAAAAGAGUCUGCGUCCAAAUGGUGUUAUCAUAAUCAAGGAUAAUAUGGCUAGGCAAGGCUGCAAGCUGGACCCCAUCGAUAGCAGCAUUAGCCGCCACCUGGACAUCAUGAAGACCAUCAUUGCCAAGGCUGGACUGGAGGUCCUGGCUGUUGAGAGACAGGGAGGCUUCCCAGAGAUCAUUAUGCCUGUCUGGAUGAUUGCUAUGAAAUAGAAGAGACAAUUUUAGUGCAAACAGCUUAAGCUUGUGGUUUGCUUUGAUAACACAAAGGAAAAUUCAGCUCAUAGCUGAGUUCACUUGAUAUUUCAGGAUUUUUUUCUGCUGUUUUGCUGAAAAGCAGAACAACAUAGCUAGAAAUCUUAGCAGUGUAAUCAAUCUAUAAAUGUUGAAAAAGCAAUGUGGACAGCAUGAUGGCAACCAAGGGGAUUUUAUGGAGACUGGGGCAUUUUUUUUUCUUAAGGCCACAGUAUACACACACAGUAUAAGACAGCAUCCUGUAUGUCAGCAGAUUCAUACUUUUAUCUCUUUAUAUCUUUAUUACAUCAAUGAUCUUGAUCUUGUGGUUCAGACUAGUUUUGAACUAAAUCAAACAUCAACACCAAAUAUGAAUCAUGUAAGGUUUAAUAACAAAACGUUGCACAAACUUGUAAUAUAUAUCUGGAUACAUUGUCUGGAAAAUGGCAUAUUAUUUUUGUUAAUAAUAUGUUAUUUUUGUUGCAUGCAGUGGAUGGAUACAGAUACCAUGCCAUUUCAAUUGGUUUUGCUAAGGUGUAAACUAACUUUUAAAAGCUUUGUUUAGAAAACUUGACAGUAAACAGCUGGGAUGGUUCAGUAUGUCAUCAUACUGUGUAUUCUGGGAAUGCUUAACAGUUAGGAAGUACGGUGGCCCCCUAGAGACAAAGCACGUACAAACUCCAAAACAUGUACAAACUGCUCCAUGAUGCUAGGGGCAGUGUUUAGCUUGAUUUGCAAAAUAAAUGGCAAGUUUGUUGCAAACACAGGGCGUUGGAUACCGGCGGGAAACACCUGCAAGGAUAGAACAACCACGCUUUAUAAGAAAGGUAAUAUGCAAACUGUUGUUUGUUUAAUUUGUUUUUAAUUACUAUGAACGCUUAGCUUAAUGUGGAGUCAAAUCUGACGUUAACAAACAGUCAGUGUGCUUUGCUCAGAGAGAAGCUCAACACUGCCCCUAUUGUGCUGGAACUCUUCUGUUGUGUUUUGGAAUUUGUACUUGCUUCUGAGUUUGUACUUGCUUUGUCUCUAGGGGCCACCAUAAAGAAGCACUGGCAGAACUAGAAAAUGCUGUAGAGGUCAGACACCUAGCUUGGGCAAGCCGAUUCCUCAGAACAAUUUUUAACUUUUUAGCCAAGCUAACCUUAUCAUAGUUUCAGUCCAGUCAAAGCUAACUGUUUGCAUAAAGUAAUAUUAUAAAUGUAGAGCAGUAUGCCAUUCAAAACAGCACCAAACUAGAAUGUUUCCACAAAGUGGAAAAUUACAAAUGAAUCACAUCCCAACUGGGAGUAUUUUAAUUUCUCAGUUUAAUUAGUCAUUGUGAUCUGCGUGUAAAACAGGGAUGACAGAUCUCUGUCUGAAAUUACAUAGACUCUUACAGCAUAUGUUGGCAUGUUUAUAGAGCUGAUGUGGAGACAGUCGUUUUUUGGGGAAAAAUAAUAAUAGAUAUUAAUUUAAAAAAAGCAAAAAAACAAUCACACCCAAAGAUUGCAACUCCCCCCAAAGGGCAAGGGUAAUACUAAAACUUGGAUAUUUCAUGCUGAUGUUAGCAUUGGUCCCCAAUAAUGACAUCUGUAUUGGUUUCAUACAUCAUUUGUGCUGAUGUCAACAUUGUUAACAUGGAAAUCUAGUGUAAUAUACUCAUUUUUUCUGUUGUAUUGUAUUGUUGCAGACUUUCGAGAGUUCCCUCAAGUGAUCCUAUUUUAUAGAUGCUAGUUGUUUUUUCUGUAUAGGAAGGGCUCAUCUGUGUAGUUUCUUGACAAACAGUUUCAAUGGAAGGAGGCAGAAUCAGAUAAGCUCUCCAAAUCUCGAUCAUAGUUAUUUAUUUCUGAAUAUCACCACAGAUCUUGUCUGGCUGGACUGACUGUAAUCUGCUUGCAAACUGCAAGACAUUUACAGUCCUUUUAUUUUAGACCUCUUCUCUUUGUUAAAAUCCUUAUUAAAAAUAAUAAACUGAAUUCAUUUUUAUAACCAAAUCUGGGCAGACACACUAGAGUUCUCUAGGAAGUACAAAAUUUAUCAAACACAACCACUAAAACCAUUUUUCUUCUGUUCAGUGUGCAGUCAGUUGUAAAUAUUUUUGCCUUUGUGUAUUUUUAAAAAAUAAUAAAUUAUCAUGUAAUAUUGCAGAUUAAUAGAUGUGUCAUGUUUUCCAUGCUUUUAUCGAAUCAUACUGUAUAUUUGUUUUGAUAUGAAAACUAGUUUUAGCUGGACCAUUUUUGUAAAAGAAAACGUCAAAUUGAAAGCUAACAGUAGCUUAGCCAACAGACUAACAGUAGAAGCAGCACAUUGUUUUAAACUAAUGAUUUUCAGCUGGGCCCUUGAGGUGAAUGUGGGGGUUAUUUCCUGAUUUUGACAGACAGUGCCUGUUUUCAUAUCUGCCCUGGCUUCAUUUCAGGCCUGUCAGAUGUUGUCUGCUUAAGACACAUCCAGGAGUCACCACAAAUAUUUAAUAUUUGUGUGUGCAAGCGCUCAACAGGAGUGGUACAGAGCUGGGCCAUCCAGAGAUUUUUAUGAAAGAAUAGUUUGUCAGUGAGUAGGCUGGCACUGAGAAAGUACAAAAUCAUUAAAGCGUUCAAGGGGCAAUGGCAUGAGAUGAACUCUGUAGCAUGUUUCUCUCGUCAGAAUGACUCUUUUAAGAUGUGAAUAGACCAAACACAUUUUCCACAUCCUGUAUGAAUUAAAUAUCUAAAAUACCACAAAG